AUGCAUCCCUUCACGGCGUUUCGCCAGUCGCCCUGGGCAUUUCCAUCCGCCCUUCCAUCCCGAAUCGACCCGUCCUUGGUGAUCGAAGAGAACUCUCCCUACUACAAAUCAGCCUAUUGUUUAUCCGGAGGGGAUCGAUUCCGGCCAAGCUUGGCCACGGAAGCAGAUCGAGUGUGUGGCUUGCAAGGGACUUUCACCAGUUCGCGGCGCUGGUCGAACGAGCGAUAUGUGGCUCUUGAAUUAACUCCAAUAAUUCCCACGCACGAUAAACUGCUGCUGGUGGCGCUGAGCUGGAGGUGCUGCAGCAUAUAA